AUGGUGUGGCACCAUCCCAAACCCGCUGGACUGGCAAUCCUCUCCGCCCACCAGCACAUCCAGUUACACAUACAUCCCUUCCACUUUAUACCUCCUCAUCAUGACAAAGAAUCAAAAGACCAAGAAACAAGCACCACAACCAGCUUUGACCAAAGGAAAGGCUUCAACUGA